UAGUUUCCGCUUCCAGGGCGAAGGGGUCGUGCGCUGAAGGGGAACAUGGCCGCUCGGUUUCUGCGGAUUUGGCCGACUUGGUCCCGGGUUCGGCUCGGCCCGGUGUCCGGGGCUCGCCUGGUGUCUCAGACUCGCUCCCCUGCCGCGGCCGAGUCCGCCACAGUGUCAGACCUGAAGCCGGCGGAGCACAAGGCUGUCAAAUCUGCACCGGUCAGCAUGUACGAUAAGAACAAGGACUACCAUGGCUUUCACAGCGACCCGCACGUCGACAAGUGGAACAUGAGGGCCGCCUUCUUCUUCGGCAUCUCCGUGGCCAUCGUCAUCGGCAGCGCCUUCAUACACUACCUGCCCGAUCACGGGAUGAGGCUGUGGGCUCGGCGGGAGGCGGAACGGGUGAUCAAGCAGAGGGAGGCACAGGGGCUCCCCGUUAUGGAUGAGUACUACUAUGACCCCAGCAAGAUUGUACUGCCCCCAGUGGAGGAGGAGGAUUAACUGCAGCCCUGGAGGUUGGCACUGAAGCUUCAUGGGACAUUUGGAUGUUAAGAGUAUGUUUAAUUAUUCUCUUGGAUUCCUGUAUAAUAAUAAAAAAAUUAAACAUC